AUGGAAGCCGCCCACCCGGAUUGUAACGCGGUGAUCACCCUCGCCGAUCAACACUGCAAGGAGCUCCGGACACAUAUUGCACAGCGAGAGCGUGAGACGGCGGAGGAAAUCAGCAAUCUGAAAAAGGCUCUCGAGGGAGCAAAUCGAGACAAACGCAGAUUCUUCGAAGAGGCUCGCGGGUGGAAAGCUAAGGCCGAUCACCGCCAGACGCUCCUCGACAACACGAACCGUGGCAUUCCACUGGAACAAUACAGGUCAGUCCUCACGGAUAUCUUCAACCAGGCUUCAUCUGUAGUGGAGGUAGUUACAACAAGACUAGCCGAGGCGGGUAUGGUGACUUUCUCGCCGAGCCCACCUGGGUUCGUGGACGAUGACAAGCUUCGGUCUCAGAAGGGGGACCUAUAUGACUUGGUGGACCAGUCCCCUCCUGCAAACCAUCCGAAUCUUGAACUCUCAACGCUGGGUGCUCAGGGACCCAUUGGCAUCGAGCCAUGGCAGACUAUAUGUUGA